CCCAUCAUUCUCUCUCCUACCAUUCACAUCUCAGGGUUAGAGGAGCUAUCUCAGUGAUAAACUACCUGCUCAGAGCAUAAGCCGUGCAACCCACCCCCACCCCCCACUCACUCACUCACACCCACACACACACACUCACACACAUACACACACUCACACACAUACCCACACACACUCACACACACAUACACACACUCACACACACCCAGUCAGGAUGAAGCUGAAAGAGGAUCUGAACCCAGUGCUGCUGCUGCUCUUCCAGGUGACGGUGUGGCUGUACUCUGUCCUAGCCUUCCUCCCCUCCUACCUCUUUAGCUCUGUGUCAGAAUCAGACGCAGGCCUCGGCUCAGAACAGGAGCGGGCUCAGAGACUCAAGGCCCGGUCUGUGACGGGUUGCCCCGCGGGGCCCUACAGGGCCAUGGGCGCCACAAAGAGGCUGGUGUCGUCCUUGCACCCUGGGGUGGACACACUGGAUAAGGUGUUUGAGGAUGCAUCCAGAAGGUUCCCUGAUAGAGACUGCCUGGGCACCAGAGAGGUAGUCAUGGAGGAAGAUGAGAGGCAGAGCAACGGAAAGUUCUUCAAGAAGGUGAUCCUUGGGCAGUACCGCUGGCUGUCCUAUGCUGAGACUCACAGGGCAGCAGCCUGCUUUGGCAUUGGUCUGGCAGCGCUUGGCCAGAGGGCCCACAACAAUAUUGCCAUCUUUUGUGAGACCAGGGCUGAGUGGGUAAUAGCCGCACAGGCGUGCUUCAUGCAAAACUUCCCCUUGGUCACUCUGUACUCUACCCUGGGGGGUCCAGCCAUCACUCACGGUCUGAACGAGACAGAGGUCAGUCACAUCAUAACCAGCAGAGAGCUACUGGAGACCAGACUCAAGUUCAUCCUGCUGGAGGUGCCCAGGCUGCAGCACAUCAUUGUGGUGGACAACACGCCCACCAAGUGGCCCGGUUACCCACGAGGCAUCAGUGUCCACAACAUGGCCACUGUUCAGGAGCUGGGGGCCAAGCAUGAGAAUGUGUGUCAGGGGUGUAAACAGCCCGUGCCCUCUGACAUCGCUGUCAUCAUGUACACCAGCGGCUCCACUGGCGUACCCAAGGGAGUCAUGAUCUCCCAUAGCAACAUCAUUGCUGGCAUCACUGGCAUGGCAGAAAGGAUACCCAACCUGGGUGAGAAUGACACCUAUAUCGGGUACCUCCCUCUGGCCCAUGUGUUGGAGCUGAGUGCAGAGCUGGUGUGUGUGGCUCACGGCUGCAGGAUCGGCUACUCCUCCCCCCAGACACUAGCGGACCAGUCGACAAAGAUUAAAAAAGGCAGCAAAGGAGACACCAGUGUUCUGCAGCCGACUCUAAUGGCAGCUGUGCCGGAGAUUAUGGAUCGUAUCUAUAAGAAUGUGAUGACCAAGGUGGAGGAGAUGAGCAGUGCUCAGAGGACUCUGUUCACUCUGGCCUACAACUACAAGCUGGAGCAGCUCUCCCAGGGACGCAGUACGCCACUGUGUGACAACUUAGUGUUUAAGAAGGUUCGGUCCCUCCUGGGGGGGAGGACCAGGGUGCUGCUGUCGGGUGGGGCACCCCUCUCUGCCGCCACCCAGCGCUUCAUUAAUGUCUGCUUCUGUUGCCCCGUGGGCCAGGGCUAUGGCCUCACCGAGACCUGCGGAGCUGGAACCAUCAGCGAGAUGUGGGACUACAGUACAGGGCGAGUUGGAGGACCACUCGUUUGUUCUGAAAUCAAGCUCAAGGAUUGGGUGGAGGGUGGCUAUCACAUCACAGACACGCCCACCCCACGAGGUGAGAUUCUGAUUGGCGGGCCCAAUGUUACCAUGGGUUACUACAAGAACGAGUCCAAGAACCAGGACUUCUUUGUGGAUGAAAACGGACAGCGCUGGUUCUGUACGGGAGACAUAGGAGAGGUCCAUCCUGAUGGAUGCCUCAAGAUCAUUGAUCGUAAGAAGGACCUGGUUAAGCUCCAGGCAGGAGAGUAUGUGUCUCUGGGGAAGGUGGAGGCCAUGCUGAAGAACUGCCCGCUUAUAGACAACAUCUGUGCCUACGCCAACAGCGAUGAGAUGUACGUGAUUGGCUUUGUGGUGCCCAAUCAAAGGCAUCUGCUUUUGCUGGCGGAGCAGUAUCUUAUCCGGGGCUCAUGGGAGGAGCUGUGUGACAACGCUGCCAUGGAGGAGGUGGUCCUGCAGGUCAUCACCGAGGCCGCCCUAUCAGCCCAGCUGGAGCGGUUUGAGAUCCCCCGUAAGAUCCGUCUGAGCCCCGACCCCUGGACCCCCGAGACGGGCCUGGUGACCGAAGCCUUCAAGCUCAAACGCCAGCAGCUGAAAAGCAAGUACCAGGACGACAUUGAGAGAAUGUACGGCGGGAAGUAGGAUCAGACCAGACCAGAACCUCUCCAAGCACAGAGCCAGCAUCUGCCUCAAGCCGCCCAGCUCCUUGCUCCAUCCUCUUAUCCCCACCCGACCCCCAACCCCCAUCCUGGACGAGCCACCAGAAACACUCAAAUUACUUGAAUCUACUUUGUUCUUCUGAGACCAAAAAAGAUAGACAGAGAGAGAUAGAGAUAGAGAGAGACAGAUUGAGAGAGAGAGACAGAUUGAGAGAGAUAGAGAGAGAGACAGAUUGAGAGAGAUAGAGGGAGAGAGACAGAUUGAGAGAGAUAGAGGGAGAGAGACAGAUUGAGCGAGAGAGACAGAUUGAGAGAGAGAGAGACAGAUUGAGAGAGAUAGAGAGAGACAGAUUGAGAGCGAUAGAGGGAGAGAGACAGAUUGAGAGAGAUAGAGGGAGAGAGACAGAUUGAGAGAGAUAGAGGGAGAGAGAGAUUGAGAGCGAUAGAGGGAGAGAGACAGAUUGAGAGAGAUAGAGGGAGAGAGACAGAUUGAGAGAGAUAGAGGGAGAGAGACAGAUUGAGAGAGAUAGAGGGAGAGAGACAGAUUGAGAGAGAUAGAGGGAGAGAGACAGAUUGAGAGAGAUAGAGAGAGAGAGACAGAUUGAGAGAGAUAGAGGGAGAGAGACAGAUUGAGAGAUAGAGAGAGAGAGACAGAUUGAGAGAGAUAGAGAGAGAGAGACAGAUUGAGAGAGAUAGAGGGAGAGAGACAGAUUGAGAGAUAGAGGGAGAGAAAUAGAAACAUCAAAGAGAGGAGGCUGUGUUGUUGCAAUAUUUCCCCUCCACUGUUCCUAUAUUCGAUAAAAUGUCUUUGCUUAAAAAUGUGAAUCAAUAGACAAUAGCCUAGCCCUGAAGACUGUUGGAGAGAAGGAUUAGCUAGGGGAGAGUAAAUAAGGAGUGUGGUUGGAACACCCUCAAACAGUACCUCCAUGUUCAUUCCACUUCUUGCCCUCUUUGGAGAUGAUUUCCCUCAAGAUGUGAGUUAUGAGACAGGACAGGUAGGUCAUGUUGCCUGUUGAGCUCAUGUCUGUCUGAGUGUUGUCGACCGUUAUUGAAGCACAAACUCAGGUUGGUUGGAAAACUUUCCGUUUUAACCCCAAUGCCCUUCUGUCUGAGGGCGUCAGGAAUGCUAAGCCAUGAGAGCCUGUAGAGAGCAAGUACCAUUAACAUUUAGAUUAAUAGCUGUUGUUUGAUUAUUUGUUUUUCUCCUUUAAUUCCGUGAUUCUGUUCACAUUAGUAUAGAGUCCUCAUUGGCUAAUUCUCUGUCCAAGUUCCAAAUCCAUGGCUGCUCACUGGCUGCUCACUGCUCACUGCUCACUGGCUGCUCACUGGCUUCUCAGCCCUAUUCCUGAAUCCAGUUUUUUUCACUGCUUAUUCUAUUGUUUAUUUCAGAACCUAGUUCUGCCCGGAGACUAGUCUUACUUCCUGCAGGACAGGAAGAAACUACCUGUCAGUGUUUAUUUUUGUUGUGUUUGGUUGAUGCUGUUUUUUCUGCUUAGUGAUGCUUUAGUACGAUGAUAUAUAUUAGAUGCCCAUCUGGCCAUCCAAUCCUACAAGCAUGCAGUCAACAGGAGGUUCAGAGAGACUAAGAUAAGAUAAUUACUUUAUUAUCCCCAUGGGGAAAUUUUGGUUGCGGCUAGGGCAGUGAAAUGAUGAGUCUCUUCCGCCAGAAGAAAAACAGAACAUUUUGAGGUGAAUAUACAGUACCAGUCAAAAGUUUGGACACACCUACUCAUUCAAGGGUUUUUCUUUAUUUUUACUAUUUUCUACAUUCUAGAACAAUAGUAAAGACAUCAAAACUAUGAAAUAACACAUAUGGAAUCAUGUUGUAACCAAAAAAGUGUUAAACAAAUAAAAAAUAUAUUUUAGAUGUUAGAUUA